UCGAGCGAGCCGGUCGGUUCGCUCGCUCGAUACGUACGGACGCGGCGCGGUGUGCAUGUGAGCGUUGGAUGUGGAUGUGUGCGCGGCCGUCCGGCGUAGCUUUCUGUUCACUUAUAUAACGACAUAUAUAAGCACGAAGCAAACUGCUGAGCGCAGGUGGGCCGCGCUGAGAACGAAUCCAAAUACUGUACGAAAGGCGAACUGGCGAAGCAGGUCGGGCUUCAUCGGAUACGAAACGUCGUAAACGCCACGCUAUUCGCCGCGACCCUUCUAGCCUCAGUCUGCGCUCGGCCUCCGCACAGUUGAUACGUGUUAGUGACGCCGUGCUGUGACAUAUUUGACAGUUGUUAUCGUGUUCGUGUUAUGUUUUCGUAUCGGAACUAUGGUCUAUCCCCAUGAAGAUGUGGAGUGAUUUCCAGGGCUCGGGCGGCGGGUGCGGCGCCAAACGGCGAGCCGGAUCCCCGUGCGAGGGCGGCGGCAAGGUCGCGCGCUGGGAAGACUCGAUAGCGCGGCUGGAGGCCGUGGCCGCGGGUGCCGGCGGCGGAGAGUGCUGGCGCGGCGAAGACGAGGAGCGGCGCGCAUGCCGCCGGCGCUGGUGCGGCGGCUGGUGUGGCGCGCACGACACUAUCCGCGCCGAGAACGGCAAGUCCUACCUCGAGUUGGGCGGUGCGGCCGCGCGGGCUUGCUGCGACGGCCGGGCCGCAGGCCGAUGCGCCUCGCGCCGUUGCUAUCGCGAAAGACGCCUAAAGAUGAUGAACCUUUGCGCGCUGAAAUUGGCGCGAUUCCGUCAGACGGCGGAUCCCUCUUUACGGCGCUCGGUGCUCGUGUGCAAUACUUUGCGCGGCAUCGAGCGGGAGAUGGAACGCGAGAGCGCCGAGGAGGCGCCUUUCGAACCCGCGGGCGUUGCUGGUGGCGUGACACGCUGCGAGCUGCUGGGUGCGCGAGACCCGGCCGCCGGGCGCGCCACUCCCUUCCCUGCGUCGGCGCCGCCCGACCGAGACUCGGGCUACGGCGACGAGGAACAGCGCAGCAUCGACUGGGGCUCCGUGCUGAGCCUGUCCUCCCGCUCUGCGCUCGACCCCCCCGAGGAGACGUGGCCCGACGACUGGGGCUGGAGCGAGGACAGUUUCGUGCGGCUACUGGUGCCGACGAGUUAGUGCAGUGCGCGCGGGCCCGACGCGCCCGCGCCCCCUUGAGCGCCUGUGAUAGGGCGGCGGCCGUGCGGUGGCGAGCCGCGCCGAGCUGACCGCCAGCGCGGCGGCGCCCGCCCCGCGACAUCUAGUCGGCGCCGCGCCGCCGCCCGGCGACGCGACGCAACGCAGUCAGUAGUUAGUAUUAUGUAAUUCACUAUGGGAAGGUGCUAGCUUCGGACGAGACGCGGGACUGUAGCGCGAGCCGUUAUUUUUGAUAAGUUUAUUUCUUUAAGUGAAUUCAGAACUGCGACCGAGUGACUUAGCCGAGGACAUUUUGUGCUUUAGAUCCGGACUCGUGUUAGAAAUUUUGUUGAAAUUAUUGCGUACGAUUAGAUAAAUGCUAUAUUUAUUAUGUUAGAAGAGAUGAUACGAUUAUUUGAGAUUAUUUCUGUCUUGAUAUUUUCUGUAACGUUGAGUCGACCGGCGUGACUAUGGGUUGCGUUCUUUGGUCCCCCGUCUGUUGAAUUGUGGACUUACUGAGUUCAAUUACAGCUAUUUAUAGUUUCUUACCAUACUACUAGUCCACACUUCAUCGGAACGGGGUUCGGAGGGGGAUGUCAGAAUGUGUAUGGACAUGUGCCGCCAUUCGGUAUGAGCGUCAUGACGCCAAGUGCUCUGCAUCAGCUGACUGCAGAUGUGAACAAUUCAGAACAAACUGUAAUUUAUUAAUCGAUAAGUACUUAAGGAAUCGAUGGACUUUCAUUAUUUCCGCAACUGAUAUUUACGUGGCUAGUCGUCAAUUAUAAAGCCUUAAUAUAAUGAAAGUAUCACGACCACACUCGAUUGGAAUUUGUAAAAUACUGUCAUGGUUGUACUUAAAUCCAGGAAUUGCCAAAACUCUGUCCCAACUUACGGCCUUCUAAUAGGUUUUACAAAACAUUAACUUUUAAGUACAUAUUAUUUUUAUUGUGAAUAUAAUUUUCACAACCCUAACUACAGUGACGUACAGUUCCUAAUACUUAUCGACUAUUAGUGAAAUUAAUUUUCAAUCCACAAGUUUCGUAGAUUAGAGGGCCGUGCACAGGUCAUGGGUUUUACUUGAUUAUAGACUACUUAAUUAACAUAUUGAAGACACCGAAUUAUACCAGAGCCAUUAGGGACGCUUUGUCGCACCUUAUAAUUUCACUUAUAUCUAGAAAAAUAAUAUAUCAAACCUAUUUAGUAUGGAAGGGGCAUAUAGCAGCUAACAUUUUGACGUGUUCGUAUAAAGAUAAAUCCUCCUUCAAGGCUCUGGUAUAAGAAACAGCGACAACCCGUCGUUCCUACGAGAGAUCUAGUCAAAAUGGUGCUAUACCAUUAGAAGCCAAGUCUUCUAUGGCGUGGUGAUGAGGCAUUCUCUUAGGAGCUUCGGGUUGGAAGCUCGCGUCAAAUGGGCAUUAGCAGUGGGCAGCAAAGCAUUUUCCACAUAUCAAAGCUAAAUUUAGAUUGCCACAGGAAUUUGUUCAUCAGAUACAUUACUAUUAAGUUCAAAAACGUUUUUCUAAGUAACCAAUGCUGAGGAAAUCCGCUUUCAGACUAUCGAUUUAAUGAAAAAUGUAUAAAUUAGGUAAUUUUUGUAUCAGAUGCGAAAUGAUUUUGUGGCCCACGCGUUAAUCUGUGUGUCAUCAGGAUUUGCGGUCGGAUUUGCUGCGGGAACAUCCAAUUUAGUUCAGUCGAUAAUUAUUUUUGUAUUAGUUAUCACUAUGAACUGUUUUCUAACCAUUCCUGCUGUCAAAUGUGAGAGACACCAUUGUGUUAUGAUAUAGAGAAGUAAUAACUAGAUAGAGAAUCAUACAAACGCUAUCGUUAACUCUUGGUGUCUGUCAACUGUCGGGAAUGAUUAGUCUUCAGAGAAAUUUCAUCCAAGUUUGUGGUCUUGACGGACCUCUGAUGGCACACGCCCAUCGCAUACACGGAAUUGCGACUACAUGGACCAAACAUACAUAGCACGAAGUAAUAGAACAAAGUACAAAUUCAAUAAAAUAAGAUGCAUUAGUGCUCCGGCGCAUGUUUGUCCACCGUUGUCAAUUAAUCUAAUAUUUGAAUUGUGAUUCGGUAGCUAAUGAGAGAAAACUAUCUUAAAAUUAGUGUAAAUAUAAAAUUUAUGGAGAUGGGCAUUAUACCGCGGUGAUACGCGGUUGUAAAUAAAUUAUGUAAAUUAGUAAUUAUAUCAUUUAUCAAAUAACAGCUCCUGGUCCUUCGAAUUCCGUUUUGUUUAAAUUCAAACUUCAAUCAACUAUAAGAGCUAGCUCUUACAAUUGAUUGCAUGCAUUUGAACAUAUAUUCCCUAUGUCACAAAUAUUGCCAGUACUCAAAUAUAUAGUUAGAAUUCAAAUGAGUUGUGAACUCGAGAUGCACAUAUGUUUAACUGGUUUCCCUUACCUUCCUUAGAUUUUCGUUCAUAUGUCCGUAUGAUUGGUUGUGAUGGUUUACUUAAGUAAGUUAGAGAAAUAAUCUUUAUCACCCUGUACUGAUGAAGUGUCGCACACUCAUUGAUAUUAAAACUGUAAGUACUUAAUACGUAAUUUUUUAAUAAGGUGACACAAAAUUCUAAACUGUAUAAAUCCGUAUCGAUGAAUGUGCGAUACGAAUUACCCAAUCUGAAUGCUUGCAAUCGUGUACAAAUUCAUUGACUGUCCUGUCAUAGUGUACAGUGUGUAAAAUAUGCAUCGAAAUUUUGUGAACCCUUCUAGUAAUUGUUGAUUUAACUUCGGACGUCUAAGAAUUUAAUUCAAUUUCAUACUGGCAUGAAGCAAUUGUGUUGUGAAGACAGCAAUAAUUAUUGUGCGAGUCAUCCGUCUAGUCGAGGACAUUUCAAAGAAACGUCCCCGGCGACAUCAUACGUAAACUUUGUAAAAAUCGUGUAAUUUUCUUAGUGUUUUCAUUGCCAUUCGUUACCAAAUAUGACAGGAUUUAUAACUUGUAUAGAAAAAUUCGUUAGGCGAUAGCGAACUCGAUUUCGGACACUCAGGCGCACAUCGAAUUGUUAACGUUCCUUAAUAGAGUUCCGAAAUUGUUUCUCUAUAAUCUAACGUAAAGAUAAUGUAAUAUAUUGUUUAAGCUGUUGUGUCGGAAAUAACAAGAACAGGAAUAAUUUUGUGAAACAAUGGCACAAAGAAUGAACAUAAAUAUUAUAUAUAUUAUAGAAACAGAAAUGUGACUAUAAGAGCAAUUUUUAUAAUAAAUAUUUACUGUUGAUGAA